AUGGCUAAACAUGUUGCGGAGACCAAUGCUGUUGAGGUUCCUCACAAGACCGCUAUUGCUUUUGAGAGAGGCAUCUGGGUUCGCAGAUCAUUCUCUCAGAAACUCACGGAGAGCGGUGCAAGAAGGGAUCGUCGUUCCGAUGCUACUCACUCUCACUUUGUAGAGGUCCUUGAGAAAGUCCGCGGAUAUCUCAAACCCAUCAUGGAAGCUGGCCUUUUCAAACCUGACGACCUCGACAAGAAGUCAGAUGUCAAGAAGAACCACCCCGCCAAGGGCAUGUUUGACGUCCUCAACGUCUACACUCCCUCUGAGGAAUUCCUCAACGCCCCUGAUAUCACGCCUACACCUGAACCUGAGACUCAAUACACCGUUGAGGAAGAGGUCACCUGGGAAGAUGCCUUCUUCGCCUUCGCCGCUCUUCUCCGCGACUAUGAUUAUCUCGGCCAGGAGAUCCAUUCGCUCUGGAAGAAGUACGCCAGCGGUGAGCUUGACCUCGCCGCUGUGGCUCUGGCUACCAACACAGCAUUCGAGUUUGCCCACAGCAUGGAAGCCGACAUCAAGAAGCUGAUGGACAAGUUUGGCGGAACAGCUAUCUUCGCACACCAGUGCUUCGACGCAGCUUGUCAGGCGAUGGGCAUCGACAAGGACAGGAAGAACCCGAGCGAGGCUUACAACCUUGCGGCUUACGACAUUGCAAAGGUCUUGACUGUGAACAGCAUGAGUGUUUUCAAGGGCUAUGUGGAUCACUACCGCGAUUCUAUCAUGCCAAGAAACUACAACGGCAGCCUGGGUUGGUAUAACGAGAAGCUAGGUGCUGGUGGCAGAAACAAUACCGAGAGGUGGAAUCAGGACAAGACGGCCCUGAUGGAAGUCUUUUCGGGCAUUCACUUCCUUUCCACGAACCCUGGUCAAGGCGACGUGGAGGACGAGCUUGUCCGCGGCAUGGGCGCUGCGCUCAAGGAAAAGAAAGAGAACCCUCGUCUCUGGAUAUCGUGGGCUCUUCAGAUGUAUCUCGACAUCGUCCAGGGUCUUGGAGAGUCCGUCGGACGCGGGUAUGAGCAGUUCAAGCAGGAGAGUCUCAAAAUCCAACAGGCUCUUGUCGAUCUUCCCAAGACGACGGAGCGCAAGGAAGUCCUCCAAGUGGCGACGCGCUGGAACCACGAUCCCAUCUGUGAGACGAACCAGUCGAUGAUGGAGUUUGGUGCUAUGGCUCACAGCGAUGAUAACCCCGCGUUCCAGUUUCUUCGUCGGAACCCCAUCCACUGCGGUCUUUUGAUCCAUCACAUGCGAUCUAUGCUGCAUGUCAACGGUGUCAAGACUGCUGCGCACAGCGGUGGCCUGAUGACUACUACACAGCUCUACCAAGCCCUCCGACAGGAGGGUCGUAUUCCCGAAGGACAAGCUUGGGAAGAUCUUGAGGAGUUGUGGGGAUACCAAGGCAACCCGUGCUUCUUUGUUGGAAAUCCGCCCACGGAUCUUGAGGGCUACUACAAGAACUACUGUCUCUGCCUGGGCACUUCACUCACUAACUGGGCACCGAACAGACGGAGCGCCAAGCCCACCGAGCAUAAAGGCAAUGCACCAAACAUGAAGUUUGAUGGCUGGGUAUCUCUGUCGUUGGACAACCGUAUCCGUGUGGAUAAUGCUCGCGAGCCUUGGACAAUCGCUACCGUUGGAGAACUCUUGACCGAGGGUCGUAAGAAGGCAAUGAUGGAUGGCAAGGGUCAUAUACAAGGGGACCUGAAGCAAAAGGCCAAGGAGGCCAACCUUGAGGCCGUGCCGACAUCUCCAAGUGGUCUCAUCGAACAGCUCGCCCAAGUCGUCAACAGCGAAAUCCCUCGUAUCAGCUUCAACUACUUCACCAUGCACAACAUCGCCUGGUCUCUCCUCACAGAUCUCAAGCGCGCCUUCACCGCCGAAGUCGGCCCCGAGUUCCUCAAAUACAUACCUUCCGAGGACCAGCUCACCUUUGUAGUAGGCUAUGUCUUCUCGACGGCCGCGGGACACGGAAGCACCGAUGUCCGAGAGCGUGGCGUGGGAAAUGAUAGGUUCCUCAACGUGGCCACGGAAGUCAUGGACGAGUUCUUGCACGAGGGCAAAGGGAAGAUUAUCAAGGAGGCGAGAGAAACGGAGGUUGAGCCAGAAGAAGUUGAGGAUGUCGAUGUUGAUGGGUCCGAGUUGUGGGGGCCGAGGAAGUUCAAGAUGGAGCAGUUUAGGAGGGAUGGACACUUGGGGGCAAGGGCGAAUAAUGCUGAUGUUGCGGAGCUCAUGAGACUAUUGCAGAUGAUGGGUUGA